AUGGCAGUUCAGGAGAUCAAGCCUCAUAUAACAUCAAGAUCUGAAGCCAUCUUCUCUUACCGCGACUGCCGAAGUGACACAGAAAGAGCGAUAGACAGCUCUUUGAUAUGGAGACCAAACAGACAGACCAAGCUCAUUGUAGCCAUUCAAGCAUUCGUAUGCUUCGUUGUGGCUUUGGACUCAACAAUUCUCACAACCACGCUACCGGCCUUGUCGAAAGCGUUGCAUACCAAUACGACUCAAACCUUCUGGAUAGCGACAUCUUACCUUUUGACCUCAGCCAUAUUCCAGCCACCUAUUGCAGCCCUGUCGGAUAUCUUUGGUCGGCAGGCGAUUUACCUUCUGGCAAUCGUUCUGUUCACUAUUGGCUCGAUCGUAUGCUGUACAUCUCAUGGCAUAGUCAGUAUGCUUAUUGGCAGGUCUAUCAAAGGCGUUGGUGGCGGCGGUAUACUGUCGGUCAACUUAAUCAUUCUGAGCGACAUCAUCCCCCUUCGCCAGAGAGCACAAUAUCAGGGAUUUCUCCAGCUCUGUUUCGUACUGGGAAGCAACAUUGCCCCCGUGAUUGGUGGGCUUAUUGUUCAGAAGACCACUUGGAGAUGGCUAUUUUAUGUCAACCUUCCGUUUUGUGCGAUAUCUCUGGCCACGGUUCCUUGUAUUCUACGAUAUGCCCGACCAAAAUCAGCGAUCAGGAAUCAAAUCUCUUCUGUCGACUGGAUAGGUAUUACUGGCAGUGUCACAAGCACAACCCUCUUUCUGAUUGGUAUCAGCUGGGGUGGUACGGAAUACUCUUGGUCCUCUGCCACCACUCUGUGUCCCCUCAUACUCGGUCUUCUAGGCGUUCUAUGUACUAUAAAUCACGAGAUGAAGUGUGCCCGGAUGCCCUUUCUUCGAAUAUCCAUUUUCCAUAAUCGAUCGGCAAUUGCGGCCUAUGUGUGUACCGUGCUCAUGGCAUUCAGCGUCUACGCCACUCUAUACUAUCUGGUUCUCUGGCUUCUUGCUGUGAAAGAGAUGUCAGAGAUCAUGGCGGGUGUGUGUGUAUUACCAUUGGGUAUGACCGUAGUCCCUGUCAGUGGCCUGACUGGUACUAUCAUCACACGAGUGGGUCGCUAUCAAUGGGCUGUCUGGUCAGGAUGGGUGAUCGCGACUCUCGGCAUCGGUAUCCUGGUCUUACUCCAUCCGGGCACAUCAACCGUGGAGUAUGUUUUCAUGUUCAUCUGUGCGGGCAUAGGGCUCGGGCUCUUGAUGAACUCGCUCAGCGCUGCGGUUCAAGCGAUCUCACCGACAAAGGAUAUUGCGUACGCAUCUUCCAUGUUCGCUUUCAUGCGGAGCCUUGGUCUAUGUCUCGGUGUGUCGAUCGGAGGCACAAUCUUCCAGAACCUUCUCAGUCGACGAUUGAGUCACUUUGGUCUGUCGACAGAGCUUGCCGAGAAUGCCGAGGUAUAUGUUGCUCUCCUUCGAUCAACGCCUGCCUCAGCCGAGAAGAUACUGAUGAAAGAGAUGAUUAACUGGGCAUUUCAAAGACUCUUUGCGAUCAUCUGUGGAAUCAGCGCCUUCGGUAUGGCUAUCAGUGUUUUGAUAGGCAGGUACUCACUUGACAAGGAGCUUGAUUCACAGCACGUUAUUGUGCAGGCCGAAACAGAGACUAAGCCUAGGUAA